AUGGUAUCUCAUCUGUCUGAUGUAGCUAAAACAGCUGCUGGUAUCGAGCAGACAACAAUUACUGGCCCAACCAACGCCAGUAAACCCCAUCUAGUUUUUGGUGCAACUCCUGUGGAUGGUCACAUAUACCCCUUGAUUCGAAUCGCAGAAGAUCUCGUGCAGCGUGGCUUCGAGGCCACUUUCAUCGCUGGUGAUCAAUUCGAGAAAGCAAUCACAGGCGCCGGCAUUCGACAUGUUACAGUCCCACCUCUUGUGAAUUCAAAGCUCAUGGCAGAGCGUGAGGCUAUCCCCGCUGGCAUUCCUCGACUUCUCUAUGAUAUCAGACAUAUCUUCACUGGCCAAACUCCUGAGUGCUGGAGGAUCCUCAAAGAAGUUCUGAGGACAUCAGAGCUGAGGAUCCAGAGAGAAAAGUGA